AGCUGUGAUUUUCAUUCAUUGCAAAUUAAUAGAAAAAAAAAAGAUUCUUAAAUUAUACAUUGAAAACAAGAUAAAGAGGCAAUCAACGGUGAUGGGUGAUUUGGAGAAGCAAUCAACGGUGGUGAUGAUGGGGGAGGAUGAAGAAGAAGAAGAGAAGCUGGCAGUGUUGGAUUUUGAUAUGCUGUGUUCAACUGUAGCUUUGCAGACGCAAGGGAAAUGGAGGAAGGUGGAGAGUGAUGAGUUUUAUGAUAAAAAUGGAGAAUUUGGUGGGGUUUUUAGAAUGUGGGAAGGUGAAGUUCUUGAUUGUUUUGAUGAUAGAAGAAUUGCUAUUGAAUCCUUUUGUUGUCCAUGCUAUAGAUUUGGGAAGAACAUGAGACGAGCUGGUUUUGGUUCGUGUUUUCUUCAGGCAGCUGUGUAUUAUAUUCUUGCUCUCAGUGUCCUUUUCAACUUCAUUGCCUUCAUUGUGACCAAGAGGCAUUGUUUUCUUUACUUAGCAGUUGCUUUUACCAUUUCGAUCGGAUUGUAUUUGGGGUUCUUCCGAACACAGAUGAGGAAGAAAUUUAAUAUUAGGGGGAGCGAUAGUUCUUUAGAUGAUUGUAUCUACCAUUUAUUCUGCCCUUGCUGCGCGUUAUGUCAGGAAUCCAGAACGUUGGAGAUGAACAAUGUUCAAGAUGGCACGUGGCAUGGUCGGAGUGACACAAUUUGCAUAGGUAGCUAUAGCGAAAACAAAGCAAUUGCUGAACUGUACCCACCUAUAAUCUCAACUAUCAAUCAAGUCCCAUGAUGUAUGCAGUAUUCAGAACAGCCUGAAGUUCAUGACGAAAAAUAUGCUUUUGGACUCCUCGAUGCUCCAAUCAGGAUUAAACAUAUUUGCCAUUGGCUUUCCGUUUAAUUCGAAUCCGAAGGGUGGAACGACUUACAAUUGCCUAUACAAGAUUAGCCAUUGAACGGAAAUCUUUGCCACAGAGUGCUUCUUUGUUAGCUAAAUGAGAAAUCAAGAAUCUGUAACAGCUUAAAUUAUAAGCUAAUAGUUGAGUUCAAUUGCCAAGUGCAUUCAUAUAUCUCUGGGAGCACAAGAAAUCAGCUUGUACAUUGAAACUUUUCUUUCUAGUCUAACGAUUAAAUGCCACCCACAAAUGAAACUAGUUAUGCUAGUCUUCGGGUUUUUUA